AUGUCCAGAGAACUAUUGAUAAGAAAUUUGAAACAAUGAAAUCUUCAAGGAGUUGUGUUACCAGCGAUAAGGUUGGGGAUUCAAACAUAGAAAACUCUAUUGCUGCACCGAAUACAGAUUGUAAUAUUUCAAUUAAGAAGUCAAUAGAAAAUUGUACAACAGGGAGCAAAGAAGUUGAGGAAGAAGUAAGCGGAUCAGAACGAAUUAUAGGAACAGAGUCUAAACAUACAAUAGCAGCUUCAACAGUAGUGUCUAAAACAUUCAACAAGGCUAAUAUUACAAUAAUUAGUGAUGAGUUACUUACAGAUGUUAGUGCCUCCAAUGCAGAGCCAGUUACAACAUAGGAACUUAUUA